CAUUGUAAGCAUAGUCUGAUAAGAAAGAUUGGAAGGAUUAUUGGUUAGAUUCUACCCGUUUCUUAAAGACUGUGUCCCAUUUUUAUGCAAGCAUCUUUUCAACACUACCACUGUAGUAUCCAAUAGAACAUCGUCGUGAAUUAAAAAGAGAACGGUCGAUGCUUGCUCUUGUUCUUUCAGCGCGUUACUACAGCUGACGACGGGCGGAAGACUGCGCAGUGCAGUAUCACAUGUCAAUGUCCGUUGCGCAUGUACUUACCGGUCAGAGAGACAUGGCAGGUGUUUCGGUUACUUCUUAUUGUUGACUAUUUUUAAUAAAUAAAAAAAACGUUGCCUAGAAACUGUCUGGAGGACAAUGAUAACGUGUAGCUUAGAUAACAAUUUGUGAAACUUACUUUAUGUAACCCACUUACGGGAGCCUUUGUAAACCAUGUCGAAUCCACGAGAAGCAGAGGUUCAAAGUCUUAAGGAGCGUGGAAAUACGUGUGUGAAAGAACAGAAGUAUGAAGAGGCUAUGUUUCAUUACACGCAUGCUAUUAGACUUGAUCCACAAAAUUAUUCUUUGUACAGUAAUAGAUCAUUUGCCUUUUUAAAAAUGCAUCAAUAUCAUUUUGCUAUGGAAGAUGCUCUAAUGACAAUUCAAUUAAAACCAGAUUGGACCAAGGGUUACUUUAGGAAGGCUGAAGUAGAAUCACAAACUUUUCACUUUAGCGAAGCUCUUCAAUCUUACUGCAAAGCUUUAUCGCUUCAACCGAAUGAACCAACUAUUUUAGAAGCAAUGCAUAGAGUAGCCAAAUUAUUGAUUCAAGAUAAAAGAGCUGAUCAACAAAUACCCUGGCUUGGAGCUGGUGUUGGUAUCAUACUUGGAGUUAUAGUUGUAAUUGCUGAUUAUGUUUUUACAAACAAACCUACAUUAACGCAUCCUCUUUUGAUGGUCUUAUUGACAAUGUCCAUAGCAAUGCUAGGUUUUGGCAUUGCAAAGGGAUUUCGUUAUUUCGUAAAACGUCAAAGAAAGUCGCUUUUAGAACCACCAGUGGAUCUUUUUGGUAAUGAUAAAGAAGAGCUUGAUGAUAUUGAAGCUGAAAUGAAUAAUGAAAAAGAGAAACACCCGAAAUAUAGCAAAGCGCAAGCAAGACAAAGAUUUAAAAAAGGAAAAUCAUAAUGUGUUUUGAUACUAACGACGUACAUGAGUUUUUAUGUAAAUUUUAUAUUUUAAAUCCAUACACUUUUUAGCAUCUCAGGAAAACUUCGAAUAUUUAUGAUCAAUACUGUUACAUUGGUAGAAAAAUAUAUACAUACUGUUGAUUACAUUUCGAAAUUCAGUUAUUAUUGAAAAGAAAAAAGUUUGUAUUUUAUGUUGAGACAUUCAUAUUUGAUGUGUUUGCUGUUUAAUAAUUUAUUUAUUCCAAAUAUGAUUGUACUUAAAAUUGUUUCAAAUAUAUCACGGAAGAUAAGGCUGCAAUGAAACUAUAAUUAUUGGUAAGUUAUGUGGUACAAAUAUUUUUAAAUUUAAAAUUAAACAAAAAAAUUCAUUGUUAUAUGAAUUGUAUCAACAUUCAAUGAUAUAAGAGGUUUCAGUUCUUAGAAAAGGUAGCAGAAAUUAUAUGCCAUUUACACUUUUACACAAUUGUAUUGUUGGAUCAAGUACUUUAAAAAUUGUUCUUAUAGCCUAUAUACCAAUUGUUCUUACAAUCAAAAUGAGAGAAAUUAUUUACACCUCUUAAUCUCUUGCACUUCUUCAAUACAAUAAAUAUAAAUGAAUUCUACCUUCUAAACAUAAUCAACAAAAUGCUUUCAAUCUAUUGUCAAGUACCAUAUUAAACAAUGACAAGACAGAAUUUCCGAAUAUGUGUACAAUGAAGCAUGUUAUUUGAAUUUCAAAGUUUAUAAUAUAUGUAUAUAGUACAGUGUAUGUACUAUACAUUAUGCUUGAAGCAUGAAUGUAUAUGACUUAAUACACAAUGGAAAACUUUUA